GAUCGAAUCCCGGACUCGAAGAUUAGAUAGAACAUUAGAAAGGCAAAGCCAAAAGGAAAUCACUUUCGAUCUCCAGUUUGCCUAAAUGGGCAUCUGGGUUUCAUGCCGUUGCUCGUGGAGUUCGAAUCCGGGAGCAGUAAGUCUCACUCUCCAGUCCCUUGUACCCUGUUUAGCAAGUGCAAGCAUCUUGCGUAUGAAGCAGGCAGAAAGGAUACAUUUUAUACGUUUCAUUUUCUGUUUACCCUUUAACACCUUUUGGCCUCGUCUAUUUAUUCUGCCCAAGAGGCGACUCGUUUAAGCCAAGCCACGCCACCGAACGGGCAUAGAACGUCGCGCUUCUCGCUCUCCCUUCUGCUCUCUCUUCUCUCCUGCCUGCAAAGCUCGUCCGGGUUCUUUCGGACGGACGGAGGGAGGGAGGGAGGGACGGAGGGUAUCCGGAGGAGUCCUUCUUGCCGCCGCUUCCAUCUCCACGCUUGCCCCUCGCUGCCGCUCGCCAGCUGAGUCGAGAUGAGCUCGGUCUUGCAGGGCUUCUCCAAAUCGCUCGCCAUGACCGUGCUGUCCGAAAUCGGAGACAAGACGUUCUUCGCGGCCGCGAUUCUGGCUAUGCGUCACCCAAGGAGACUUGUCUUGUCAGGUUGCUUGGCAGCUCUGGUGGUGAUGACAAUUCUUUCUGCUUUUGUUGGUUGGGCUGCUCCUAACCUGAUUUCCCGUAAAUGGACUCACCAUAUAACAACAUUGUUAUUCUUUGGGUUUGGCAUUUGGUCUUUGUGGGAUGGAUUUCAUGAGGGAGGGGAAUCUGAAGAACUUGCUGAAGUUGAAGCAAAAUUGGAUGCCGACUGGACGAAGGCUGGCUCUGGAGCAGCCAAACAGAAUGGCAAGGUUGCUGAUGAUGUUAAAAAAGAGACACGGCCAUUUCUCUCACAGUUCUUCUCACCCAUCUUGUUGAAGGCAUUUUCAAUCACAUUUUUCGGUGAAUGGGGUGACAAGAGCCAGCUGGCUACAAUUGGUCUGGCAGCAGAUGAGAAUCCAUUUGGUGUAGUACUUGGUGGAAUUGUUGCACAAGCGUUGUGUACAACCGCUGCUGUUGUGGGAGGGAAGAGCUUGGCAUCUCAGAUUUCUGAGAAAAUAGUAGCCUUGUCAGGUGGAGUCCUCUUUAUCGUGUUUGGUAUUCAGUCCUUUCUCUCAACAGUCGAAUGAUAAGACACGAUAUUGUUUAAGUGAGAAGAUAUAAGGAAAAUCAGCUUCAGCUUUCUGGAUCGCCAAAAGAAGGGGAUUGGAACCAUUUAUCCUAUAAUACUUCAUAGCGACAUGGAAGCUAAAAGAUGACAACUUUAAUUUUGAAAGAGACAUGAGUUGGCUUCAUGGUGACGGUAGCCAGCUACAUUGGUGUAUUUUCGACUUGCUAUAGCGACAAUUCUUAGAAACUUCAUUCAGUCCAUAUAACAUUUUGCUUCCUUUCUGACUCUUCUAUAGAUGAAAAUCAUACUGGAAUGCCAAUGUCAGGGAUUCCAUUGCGAUCAAUAUAGCUUAGAUUGCUUUUCACCAUAUCCCUGCCACUCUUUCUCACUUGUAUUUUUCCCUGGGACACCAUGUGCCCUUUAUGUACUUGUAUUCUGUCCAACAUGCUUUUCUUUUUCUGGCCAAUUAGCAGGAGGGUUUCUAUAGUUAAAUCUUUUCAAGAUGAAGAAACUACCUGUCUCUUUUAUAAAAUGAAGUACUUUCGGA